AUGCUAAGCCCUUACCAUGAUCCAAACUAUAACCCAUACCCGCAGCAUUCGUUGAUAGGGACGGCCGUGCUAUUUAUGAUAAUAGUCAUUGCUGCUAUAAGCCUUAGGUUUUACUCACGUCUAGCAACCCCAGCGAGGCUAGGUGUCGACGACUGGAUCGCAUUUCUAUCGAUGGAUAAUCUGUAUUGGGCUCUCGAUAAUCCAAAUCAUCGGUAUGGAGGGCUAAGCACUCGCCAACAGCUGAUCGGCGGGCACGUCGCACAUACAGACCAACUUAUCAUUUUCGAGAAAACCAGAUACGCGUACCAAUUGCUUGGGGUUACUGGGCUAUGGGUUAUCAAGCUCUCGGUGUUAUUCUUCUAUCGCCGGUUCUUUUCGUGUCGUUCCUCUCGUCUCGUCAGUGAUACCCUCAUUGGGAUAACCGUGCUUUGGGGCACAGCUUUCACAAUGGUCUGUGCUUUCCAAUGCACGCCUGUGGCAACACUCUGGACCAAUAUCGAAACCGAAUACAGUGGUUUCUGCAUUAAAGCUCAGCCAUUCUACCUAUCCAUGGCUGUCUCCGAUUUAGUUCUCGAUUGCGUCAUCUUCCUUGUGCCGAUUCCCCAUUUGUACAGAUUACAGCUUCCUCUACGGCAAAAGCUUGCUGCGGGCGACAACCCCGAGGAUAGUGUCAUUGCGAUUGGCAUCACUCGGAUCGUCAUCUUCCAAUGGAUUACGAGUUUCUCGGCGUCUGAGCCGUCAACGUACUUCUCCGAUAUAACGUGGUACGCGGCAGGAACAUUGUUCUGGCAAUUGGCUGAGAACGUCGUGGGCCUAUUGGGUUGCUGUUUGCCAACAUACGCGCCCCUUUUUCGGAGUCGCCUAGGAAGAAGAAAGACAAACGACGAGUCCUUUUAUUCGACACACUCAAAUUUCAGGAUCUCUGUGGGGUAUAACAAAAGUCCCUUGCAUCGCCAGCGCCUUGAAUAUGAUGAAAUUUCACUUCGUCCAGCAGCUGGUGGUGCCUCAUCCGUCAAUUUCGAGCACGAGAUCCUCGAAAACUAUGCACUGGAGUCGAUACCGAAAGGAAAGAUUAUGGUGAAUAGGGAAUUUCGGACUGAGACAUCUUUCAUGUGA